GGCAAAAUGCAAAACGUUAAGCGCUACAUCCGGUGCAAAGUUCUUUACAGCAGUUUGUGUAGGCGGUAAUCCCGAAUUGCGUUCCUGACGACCCCUCGUCAGGAUGCCACCGCGCAACCCUUCAAAGCCGAUGCAGUCGGGAGACUGAAGACUGCAGAUCGGAUGGAAAAUGUGAAGAUCGGCCAAUUCCCGCUCCUACGUUGAGCCACCGCAGCGGGCAGCUAGCUCCCUGUGGCGCAGCUGCUGACACUUGAUAGCGAGAGUGGGCGGACCCCCAGGAGCCGGCUACUAGCGCUUUCGUUUCAAGUUAGAAGAGCCCGCCUCCUCACCCAGCUGAGGUUUGUGUUUAGCCACAACAGCUGCCCCUCUGUUUCAGUUCGGAGGAUAACACCAAGUCUAAUCAUCCUCUCACGAUUGCACUUUAAGCGCGUUAUCGCAAAAAAAGAAAAAAUGGACUGGAUUUUAUUUAUUUAUGGGGAUGGGUUUGACUUUUAUGCUAAGCAUGACAAGGUUUUCAGAGUAACACUUUAUUAGAUGGGCUAUUAUGCAAAGAAUACAAAUCUGAGAUGUCGGGAAUCUCUGCCCGAUCGGCACGGGUGGGCGGCGGCAUGUUCGCCAGGGAGUUGUACGCCGCGUACUGUAAAUGUGCGUGAGGCUGAACGUAAAGCAACAUCAACACAAGUCCUUCUGUUUGCGCUUUCUAUCUUGGCUAAAUCCACUUUUUUGCCAUGUGUACUGUAUACUUUCAAUUUCAUACACAUUUACAAAAAACCAAUUAGCACAAACAUAAUCUCUUUAUCAGUGGUAUAACAUAAGGAGAUCGCAGCUUCCUUUCAUGUCCAAGCAGCGAGCAUAAAAAUGGUGCUAAGAAUAAAACAAUUCUAAUCAUAACAAAGAAAGGGUUGAAGUUUAAAACACGAUGACUAAGCCAACAUACGAGAUCAUAGCAAUCCACAAAUGUCUUCCAUCUUCCAGCAUUUUUGAUGAUCUUAAAAGUCUUUAGGAACUUCCGCUCGACGCUCGUCCUCAUUAGGGUCGCAGGUAACGAGGCGAGGUUCCGCCUGGAGUGGUUUCCAGUCCAUCGCAGAUUGAGAGCGAAGCAGCAGAACGAUGAUAUUAAUACAACACAUAAUUUGGUGUCGCAAAAUUGCAUGCAACAUGGAAAAAAUAAAAAAAUCUUUCUUCUUGGGACUUUCAUCUUUAGCAAGCAACAAUUGCCAGUCGACAAGAUGGGUUGUUUAACUACUAUUUGUAAUUAUCGGAGUGACUGAAGCAACUUCUAGCUGGGAACUUUUGCAUGAUGCCUUUUUUUUUUUUUUGUUUGUUUUUUUUAUGCGACUCUAUCUUCGCCACUCGACUCCAGACAUUGCGCUAAAGGUUUACAACUGAGCAACAGUUCCGUCCAUUUCCUAGAGCGGUCGCAGGUCAGCUCGGCCACAUCCCGGCUGACUUUGGGUCAGAGGCCGACAGCCUGGACCCGGCCAAUCGCAGGCCACGUAUAGACGCGCACACACACGCACACACGCACACGUUCGCACCUAUCGACAAUUUAGUCUUUAAUUAACCUUGCAUUUUGGGGGCCAUAUUGGACUUCAGAACUGUAAGGCAAAUGUGAUAACUACCCUGCCCGGCAAUAUUUUCAAUAAUUUCCUCCAAAUCCAUUUCUUAUUUCAGAACUCACAUUGUUUACAUAUUGGGAAUUUUGGAAAUAACGCUCUCAUGGACAACAAUUAGCAUGUUAUUUUGUGCAGAACAAGUUAUUAGAUGAGUUGCACUUGCAGUUCUCUGCCUCUGCAGACCCAAAUUUGGGGCAUUUGUGGAUCAGGUGGAAUUCUGGGAGGUUGGCCCCCUCCCCACCCUCCUCCUCAAAACCCCAAAGUGUGUUAUUUUCUCUGUUUCUUUCCACCAGCCUCCGUUUCCUCUCCCUCGCUCUCUUUUUCUCUCUCCUUUCCACUCCCAAAAAGUCCAGAAGAGUCCAGCGAGGAGAAGAUGCAGAGGCCUGUUUGCUCAGACUGAUGGCUUCCUAACAGAAAAGACAAACAACAGUGCGCAGCUCCACGGGAAGCGACAAAGGUCAUGGAAGGUAAAGAGGCCGCACGCCAUGUUGUCUUUGCCCUGCUGGCUGCCGCGGUGCGAUGUCAAGUCAACCCAGAAACGUGUCGCUAUCCUCUGGGUAUGACCGGUGGGCAGAUUCAGGAUGAGGACAUCUCCGCUUCCAGUCAGUGGUCAGAGUCGACUGCUGCAAAAUUUGGGAGACUGGAUUUUGACAACGGCGACGGCGAUGGUGCCUGGUGCCCUGACAUCUUGUCAGAAUCCGACGGCCUUAAAGAAUAUCUCCAAGUGGACCUACGCUCGCUCCAUUUCAUCACACUGGUGGGCACUCAAGGGCGCCAUGCUGACGGCAUGGGUAACGAAUUCGCCCAGCGAUACAGGAUCGAGUACAGCCGGGACGGCAGCAAUUGGGUGGGCUGGAGUGAUCGGAAGGGGCGGCAGGUGAUUGAGGGGAACAGGAAUGCGUACGACGUGGUGCUGAAGGAUCUGGAGCCUCCCGUGGUCGCCCGACAUGUGCGCUUCAUGCCCGUGACUGACCCCUCUUUGAUCGUCUGUAUGAGGGUUGAGCUCUACGGCUGCGAAUGGCUCGAUGGUCUGAUGUCUUAUAGCAUCCCAGAGGGACACCAAAUGAUCUACCGGGGCCUGGAUGUCUCCUUCAAUGACUCCGUGUAUGACGGAGCAUCAACUGAAAACAAUCUCCCGACGAGACUGACAAAGGGUCUGGGCCAGCUGACGGAUGGAACUUGGGGUCCGGGCGAUUUUCUCGACAGUCACAUCUACGGCAUGUGGCCGGGGUACGACUACGUGGGCUGGAGCAACAGGAGCUCCCCCAAAGGUUACGUGGAAAUGACCUUUGAGUUCGACCACGUGCGAAACUUCACCUCCGUGAAGGUUCACUGCAAUAAUAUGUUCAGUCGAGGGGUCCGGAUGUUCAGACAGGCCACCUGUUAUUUCCGCUCGGGCGCCAACUGGGACUCUGACCCGGUGACCUUCAGGCCACCUGUCGAUCACGUGAGCCAAAGUGCCCGUUUUGUCACCGUGCCCCUCGGGGACCAGACUGCCAUCGCCAUCAAAUGCCGUUUUCACUUCAGCGACCUCUGGAUGCUGUUCAGUGAAAUCGCCUUCCGGUCAGGUGAACUAAGACAUUCCAGUCAUCUUGCUUCCGUGCGCUGUUUCCGUCCGUUCCGUUUCCCUUUCCCUUUUCAUUUUGCAUCUUAUCUUUUCUUGUCAGGCUCAGCGGUGUACAACACAUCUUUGACUCCUCGUAAACACGGACACGCAACUAACACGCUGCCAGGGGACGAUCCAACUCACAAAGUGGAUGACAGCAACACGAGGAUCCUGAUUGGCUGCUUGGUGGCCAUUAUCGCCAUCCUCUUGACCAUCAUAGUCAUCAUCUUGUGGCGGCAGGUGUGGCAAAAAAUGCUGCAAAAGGCCUCACGGCGAAUUCUGGACGAGGAACUCACAGCGCGUCUUGCGGUUCAGACUCGGGCCUUUUCCUUCCACCGCUCCUCUCUGUCCUCCUCUCUCUCCACCACCAACUCCACCUAUGAGAGGAUCUUCCCCCUUUGCUCCGACUACCAGGAGCCUUCCCGCCUCAUCCGGAGGCUGCCCGAGUUUGCGCAUUUCACCGAACACCCGGGACUGAGCGGCUCCUACAGGACUCUCGCGGCCGGCGGUUCCGACGGCGUCCCCCACUACGCAGAGGCCGACAUUAUCAGCCUGCAGGAGUCGGACGGCAACAGCCACUCCGUCGCAGCUGGCGACCUGAGGAUCUUCGCUGGCGUAGAUCCGGCCACGAGAGAGUUCCCCCGAGAGAAACUCACGUUCAAAGAGAAACUGGGAGAGGGCCAGUUUGGCGAGGUCCACUUGUGUGAAGCAGAAGGCAUGCGGUCCUUUUUAGAUGACGACUCAUCUGGAGAAGGGACUACUAACCAAGCGUCCCUACUAGUAGCUGUUAAAACACUGCGAGAAGAUGCCAACAAGAAUGCAAGGAACGAUUUCCUGGAGGAGAUCCGAAUCAUGUCUCGCCUGAGGGACCCCAACAUCGUGCGUCUGCGUGCUGUAUGUGUGGACACGGACCCUCUGUGUAUGAUCACGGAGUACAUGGAGAACGGAGACCUCAACCAGUUCCUCUGCCAUCUCAGACUGAAGGACCUUGAUGAGGAACAUGAGGCGGGACAGCAGGAGAAAGAGGAGAAGCGUACGGUCAGCUACAGCAAACUGAUAGACAUGGCCGUGCAGAUAGCCUCUGGUAUGAAGUACUUGUCCUCGCUCAACUUCGUCCAUCGUGACCUGGCCACGCGGAACUGUUUGGUGGGGAAGAACUACACCGUAAAGAUCGCGGAUUUCGGCAUGAGUCGCAACCUGUACCGCGGGGACUACUAUCGGAUCCAGGGCCGAGCUGUACUGCCCAUACGCUGGAUGUCUUGGGAAAGCAUUCUGCUGGGUAAAUUCACCAUGGCCAGUGACGUGUGGGCCUACGGGGUGACUUUGUGGGAGAUCUUGACGCUUUGCAAGAAGCAGCCUUACUCCCACCUCUCUGACGAGCAGGUCAUUGGAAACACAGGCGAGUUUUUCAGGGACCAGGGCAAACAGGUGUACCUGCCUCAGCCGCCGUGUUGUCCCGAUGGAUUGUACAAUGAGCUGAUGCUGAGUUGCUGGAGGAGAAAUGCCAAACAGAGGCCGAGCUUUCAGGAUCUCCACGGGCAGCUGAUGGAGAGCCUGCUGUAACAGACGCUGCUUUUUGUCUGCUAAGGUUCCGAAUUGUUCCGUAUAAACGUGGAGUCGCAAUCCAACCCCGCUAACGUUAUCCAGUUGUUUUAAACUAGUUUGGGACAAAGGGGCUGUUUAUAAUAAAUGCGCAGAGUGCAACUGAACAUACCUUUAGGGAUGACCUUCUCAUAUUGAAUUACUCAAUGUAUUUAUUAUUUUGUACUGACAUUUGGUGUCUAUUUCUAGGUAAGAUUUAUUAUUGUUAGGGUUUGAAACAUAUUUGUGCAGAUUUUAUAAAUCACAUAUUCUGCCCAUGAAUGUGUAAAAAAAAAAAUAUAUAUUUUUAGAAAAAGUAAGCGUAGUUGUGGCACCUUUUUAAAGAAAUGAAAUAAACUGCUUUAGAAUCCU